AUGGCACCUACAGCUAUCGUUGUUGGCGCUGGAACCGGUGGCAUUGCCACUGCUGCUCGUCUGGCAAAACAGGGCUUCCAAGUCACUGUCGUUGAGAAGAACGGAUUCAUCGGGGGGCGAUGCUCUCUCAUCAGGGACAAUGGCUAUCGAUUCGACCAAGGCCCAUCACUUUUACUCAUGCCAGAGAUCUUCCACGAAGCCUUUACAGAUCUAGGGACAUCUUUAGAAGCAGAAGGUGUUGAGCUGUUGAAAUCAGAGCCUAAUUACCGAAUUUGGUUUGCGGACAAUGACAAACUCGAUCUUUCCACCGAUAUUGCCAGACUAAAACCUCAAAUUGAACGCUAUGAGGGAAGGGAUGGAUUCAAUCAGUUCCUUGCAUUCAUGCAGGAGUCAAGACGGCAUUACGAGCUGUCCUUGAUCCACGUUCUGCGACGCAAUUUCCCCAGUCUCUUCAGUAUGCUGCGGCUCGGCUUUAUGCAGUCUGUCUUCACGAUGCAUCCGUUCGAGAGCAUCUACACUCGCGCCAGUCGGUAUUUCCAUUCGGAAAAGAUACGCAGAGUCUUCACUUUUGCCAGUAUGUAUCUGGGAAUGAAUCCGUAUGAAGCGCCAGGGACCUAUUCGCUGCUUCAAUAUACGGAAUUCGCGGAUGGCAUUUGGUAUCCAACAGGCGGCUUUCAAAAGGUAUUGGAAUGCCUGGCCAAUGUUGGACAACGCUUCGGAGUCCACUACCGUCUCAAUUCGCCUGUCUCGUCCAUCAUUCUGUCAGAGGAUAAUCGCACAGCCACCGGUGUUAUCUUGUCAUCCGGCGAGAGGCUUCAUGCAGACGUAGUCAUCGUCAACGCCGAUCUGGUCUACGCAUACAAUAACCUCCUUCCCUCGUCUAAAGAGGCACGUCGUCUGCAGGCCCGCCCUGCAUCCUGCAGUAGCGUCUCGUUUUUCUGGUCUUUCGAUCGGGUGAUUCCGGAAUUACAACCGCACAAUAUCUUCCUCGCGGAUGAAUACCAGGAAAGUUUUGAUUCCAUUUUCAAAGACCAUCAACUGCCAGAUGAACCGUCGUUUUAUGUCAACGUGCCUAGUCGGAUUGAUCCCACUGCUGCGCCAGAAGGGAAAGAUGCCGUUGUCGUCUUAGUUCCUACGGGCCAUAUAACCAACGACUCAAAUUCGGACGACUAUGAAAUCCUUGUCGCCAAAGCAAGAGAAACAGCCUUCAACAUUAUAGAAACACGAACUGGAGCCAGUGGACUACGCGAGAGUCUGGUACACGAAUACGUCGAGACACCGUUCAGCUGGAAAGACAAAUUCAAUCUCGACCGGGGUGCUAUUUUAGGUCUAUCGCAUUCAUUCUUCAAUGUGCUAAGCUUUCGACCGAAAAGCAAACAUCCGAAUAUUGAUGGGCUGUACUUUGUAGGAGCGAGUACGCAUCCUGGUACCGGCGUCCCGGUGUGUCUUGCCGGUGGGAAGUUGGUGAGUGAGCAGGUAAUUGCAGACUGGAUGAGAAGGGAUACAAAAGGGGCUUCUAUAUGGACGAUAUUAUCUUUAUUGGUCGCAGUUGCAUCGUUGGUUCCAUUGUGGGCUUUUCUGUCUGUUGGUUCUUUGACUGAUUCUAUUUGA